AUGAAUGAGAAGGACACCAUGCAGAACCUGAACGGCCGCCUGGCUGCCUACCUGGAGACGGUGAGGAGCCUUGUCCAUCACCAUCCACUUGGGUCUUCAAUCCCCUGCCAGGUGCGAUCUCUUGAGGAAGCCAAUGGGCAGCUGGAACAGCAGAUCCGGGAAGUCUAUGCAAAGAGAGCGCUGGCUGGAUGCCAGGACCUGAGUGGCUACUUCAACACCAUUGCGGAGCUCAGAUCAGAGAUCCAGGCUGCGUCAACGAGCAAUGCCCAGCUGAUCCUGCAGAUUGAUAAUGCCACGCUAGCUGCUGACGACUUCAGAGUGAAGUUUGAGUCGGAGCUGGCCACCCGGCUGGGCGGGGAGAGCGACGUCGUCGGCUUGCGCAAGGUCCUGGACGAGCUGACCCUGAGCAGAGCCAGCCCACAGGAGGAGCUGGAAAGCCUGCAGGAGGAGCUGGCUCAACUCCAGAAGAACCACAGGGAGGAAGCGGCUGCUCUCCAAGGCCGCCUGGGGGGCUCAGUCAGCGUGGAGGUGGAUUCUGCUCCCGGUGUCGACUUGGUGAAAACCCUGGCAGAGAUCCGGGACCAAUACGAGGACGUCAUUGAGAGGAACCGCAGAGAGGCUGCGGCCUGGCACAAGGAGCAGUGUGAGACGGUCACGCAGGAGGUGGCCACCAGUGCGGAAGCUGUCCAGGGUGCCAGGACGAAGAUCACGGAGCUCAGGCGCAUAGUCCAGGGCCUGGAGAUUGAGCUGCAGUCGCUCUGCAGCAUGAAAGAGGCUCUGGAGGGCAUGCUGGCUGAGACCCAGGCUGGCUCCGGGGGCGACCUGGCACAGCUGCGGGGGCGCGUCGCUUGGAAGGAGGCCGAGCUGGCGCAGCUGAGAAGUGGCACCCAGCGCCAGGCUGAGGAGCACCAGCAGCUGCUGGAUCUGAAGACCAGGCUGGAGAUGGAAAUUGCCACCUACCGGCGCCUCCUGGAGGGUGACGAUGUCAGAUCUGGCGCCAAGUCACCUGUGAGACAGACACCCCCAGAGGCUGCUAACAGCUCCCCCACCUCCAGGAGGGUGAAGACUGCGAUCGAGGAGCUCCUGGACGGCAGGGUGCUGUCUUCCCACACGGAGGAGGUGGAGCAUCCCCUCUGAGGCAUGCUGGGAUUGGGGAGGAAAGGGGGAUCCCUCCCCACCAAUCAGUCCCCAGCUGCCCCAGCCCCACUGAUUUCCUGCUUGGUUUUCUGUGGC